AUGAUCGCUCCCAGGCUCGCAGCGGCAGCCGCUGGCUCUUCUGGAGCUCUGAGCAGCGCCUCUUCCUCAGCAGCUCGCACCACAGCGCCACGCACGCUCUCUGCCUUGCGCUCCGGCACCACCUUUGGCCUUUCGCGCAACUUCUCAAGCAGCAUCAUCUCGAGCGCCCGAUCGGAUGCACGUGCACAUGCUUCUCGUGCUCCUCUCGAAUCUCGACGAUUCUUGAACACGUCCGCUUCUGCUCGCCAAGCUACGCCCGUAGACGACGCGACGGCGAGAGUGGAUCAAGAAGCCGCAAAUUCCGACGCUGGUUUCAAUCUGGAGGAUGUGGAGAGAGUAACGGAUGUGGCGGAUGUGCUCAUCGUGGGAGGUGGACCGGCUGGUCUGUCUGCUGCUAUUCGUAUCAAACAGUUGGCGGAGCAAAAGGGUGAAGAGAUCAGAGUCGUAUUGCUCGAAAAGGGCGCUGAAGUCGGUGAGUAGACUUGGCAGUGCGCAGAGCUUUGCUUCAUCAAUGCAGGACCGAGCACCGUCAAGGCGGUAUGGUCUCUUCACAAGCAGCAUCACUGACCCACUCGAAUGCUUCUCCUGUUUGUAGGUAAUCACAUUUUGUCAGGCGCAGUGAUCCAGACCAAUGCGCUGGAUGAGCUGUUCCCUGACUGGAAGGAGUUGGGCGCGCCAUUGAAUCAACCGGCCACGGAGGAUCAAAUGCGCUUCCUCACUCCCACCGGCUCCUUUCCCAUGCCCAAGCCGCCUCAGAUGUCCAACGAAGGCAACUACAUUGUCAGCCUGUCGCGCUUUACGGCAUGGCUCGGAGAGAAGGCCGAGGAGCUGGGCGUCGAGAUUUACCCUGGCUUUGCUGGUGCCAAGCUGGUGUGGGAAACAGAUGAGGCUGGUAACAAGAUUGGGAUCAAGGGUGUGACUACCAACGAAAUAGGUCUUGGUAAAGAUGGACAACCCAAGGAUUCGUUUGAACCUGGAAUGGAGUUUCAUGCCCCUCUUACGCUCUUUGCAGAGGGAGCACACGGCAGCUUGUCCCAGCAAGUCAUCAAGGAUCUCAAGCUUCGCGAAGCUGUGGGAGCAGAUGAACAGACCUACGGCUUGGGAGUCAAGGAGGUUUGGAAGGUCAAGCCCGAGAAGCACAAGGCUGGACUGUGCACCCACACCUUGGGUUGGCCCUUGCCACUCGACACGUACGGUGGUUCUUGGUGCUACCACAUGGAGGAUAACAUGGUCUCGGUCGGCUUGGUAGUAGGUUUGGACUACCCCAACCCUUACCUGAGCCCGUUCAGAGAGUUUCAGAAGAUGAAGCAUCAUCCUUUCUUCGCUGAUUUGCUCGAAGGUGGAGAAUGCGUCGCGUACGGAGCUAGGGCUCUCAACGAAGGAGGAUAUCAGAGCAUUCCUAAACUCCAUUUCCCCGGAGGUGCUCUCAUUGGAUGCUCCGCCGGCUUUCUGAACGUUCCGAAGAUCAAGGGCACACACAACGCCAUGAAGAGCGGCAUGUUGGCUGCAGACGCCGCUGUUGACGCGCUUCUUGCGCAGAAGGCCUCGGCCGGAGAUGGCGAGGCGUCAGCACAGUCUGAGUCCGAGUCUGACGAGGAAGAGAUCGAGCUGAAGCCGAGGAUCGACUUGGCAGAGUAUAAGAAGCUGCUGGACGGAUCUUGGGUGAUGGAGGAGCUGAAAGAGGUGCGAAACCUUCGACCUUCCUUCCACUCCCCGCUUGGAUUCUGGGGCGGCAUCGCCUACUCGGGAUUGGACAGCUUGAUCCUCAAGGGACGCACGCCUUGGACUUUCCAUCACGCGGGCGAAGACAGGGCGCAGACUAAACCCGCAUCGGAGUGCAAGCCCAUCGAGUAUCCUCGUCCGGAUGGCAAGCUCUCGUUUGACAUUCUGACCUCUGUGAGCAGGACUGGAACGAACCAUGCGGAAGAUCAACCUGUUCAUCUACACGUCAAGGGUGGCGAUUAUGCGGGUCACACGGAGAGGAAUGUGGGAACGUACGAUGGGCUGUUGGGAAGGGCUUGUCCGGCUGCCGUUUAUGAGUAUGUGGAUGCUGAAGGUGGAGAGGAACACGCUAGAGGUAUGAAGUUCAACAUUUCCAGCCAGAACUGCAUUCACUGCAAGACUUGCUCCAUCAAGGUUCCCGAUGCUAGCAUCGAGUGGCGCGUACCAGAGGGCGGUGGAGGUCCCAAGUAUUCCCUCACCUAA